AUGAGUUAUCAUGGAGGAGAUUCACCGAAGCACGUCUCGACCUCUUUUCUAGAACAGCCUCAGCGAGCUUAUCGAGCUGACUGGGAUCGUGCAUCUUCUUGGUUAGCUGGUGAACCAGCGAUGAACAGUCGUAAUAGUAGUGGUGUCUCCUCGCAUCCGGCACCAUCCAUAGAAGAUGAUGGCUCGAAGCUGCUCUUGGAAAUUGAGAUCGUUCUUAAAGCCAAGAAAUGA